CUCCGGAGUUACCAAAAUGAAGUUCUUCGCUGUUCUCUUCCUUUUCUUCGCCAUUGUAGGAUUCGCCUUGGCUGCUUCUUCGACAUCCUCUGCGGACUAUGAUUCAACUACGGAAGAGGACUACACUACCACCGCUGCCUCUGACACUACACUAGCUCCCUCGGCUCAGCCUCCAUGUGGAAGCGGACCCCAAGGACCCUGUGGACAGGUCCCUCCACCACUGCCGCCCUGCGUGGGAGGUCCUGGUGGCCUUUGCGGCAAGAAACUGUACUUCUUCUACUGAAUGAAUUCUAACUAGGUUAAUUAUUUUGACUCA